AUGGACGAGGCACGUCUCGGGGACCGCUCGGCGGCCGGCGGCGGCGGCAUAAAAAACACGAGAAAAGAAAGAGAAGCUCACGGGGCGAAAGGGAGGCGGCGGAGAGGAGUGCAUGCGCCCCCACCGCGGCGGCCCCACGCCGGCAGCGGGCGGCCCCUCGCGGGCGCCACCCACCGCACCGCAAAAAUCGAGAGCGUCGGCGGCGGCGCGGGGUCAAACGGCGCCGUGGAAAGGAGCGCGGUGACGCACACAGGCGCGCGUGCGUGUGCGCGCCGAGAGGGACGGCCGGCGCGAGAGCGGGACGGCCGCGCCAAUUACUAUCACCUGGCGGGCCGCUACCGCAUUACCCACUGCCGCCGCGCGCGCGACGACGCGCCCGCUGCUCCGCGGCCGAACCGCUCCAGCGCUCCGACGCCCGUACUAGGCGAUCGAUCGCUCACGAGUGCAGCGCUCGCCGCUCGACGCAAACGCUCGCCGCUCGUCGCU